AUGAUGGCCAGUGCAAAAAUGAUAAGAGACUGUAGCUCAGAGCUCAGCUCUGAUGUUAGAUCACUCUCCGUGGCUUCUUCUACCGAGGAACAGGACUCUACCACCACUGACUCCGAGUACUCCGAAGAGGAGAAAGAGUACGAGUUAGAAGAUCUUCAAAUUCUUAAAACUAUAGGUACCGGCACAUUUGGCCGCGUAUGCCUUUGCCGAGAUAAGGCGGCAGACGAGUACCUGGCUAUGAAGAUUCUUUCUAUGGCGGAUGUGAUACGUUUAAAACAAGUGGAUCACGUCAUGAAUGAGAAGAGCAUUUUGGCAGAAAUCAACCAUCCUUUUAUUGUUAAUUUGCGAUGGUGGACUCACGACGACUCUUGUAUCUACAUGCUAUUUGAUUAUGUAUGCGGCGGAGAGUUAUUUUCCUAUUUAAGAAACGCUGGUCGAUUCAGCAACAGUAUUGGAAAUUUUUAUGCAGCAGAAAUAGUCUCCGCGCUAGAAUACCUCCACGCCCGGAAUAUUGUGUAUCGUGACCUGAAGCCUGAGAAUUUACUACUAGCGAAGGAUGGCCAUUUGAAGAUCACAGACUUUGGUUUUGCGAAAAAACUGACAGAUAGAACGUGGACUCUAUGUGGCACUCCAGAGUACCUUGCGCCCGAAAUUAUACAGAGCAAGGGUCAUAAUAAAGCUGUGGACUGGUGGGCUUUAGGAGUGCUCAUCUAUGAAAUGCUAGUUGGUUACCCUCCAUUUUACGAUGACAAUCCCUUUGGAAUCUAUGAAAAAAUCCUCAACGGUCGUGUGGACUGGCCGCGACACCUGGACCCUGUUGCAAAGGACAUUAUAAAGAAAUUACUAGUUCAAGACAGAACUAAAAGACUUGGCAACAUGAAGUGUGGUGCAGAAGAUGUUAAGCGGCACAGAUGGUUCAAACACAUUGACUGGGCGGAUGUUUACAUGAAGAAACUACAGCCUCCGAUUGUGCCAUCUGUAUCUUACGAAGGUGACACCUCUAACUUUGAUGAGUAUCCUGAAACUGACUGGAAGGCGGUGCGUUCACUCGAUCCCGAUGAAUUAAAACUCUUUGCCAACUUU